AUGGGAGAUAUUGUAACGAAGGAAGCUUUUGAGUGGUUGUUGAAUGAUCCUAGAAUUCUUAGAGCUUCAAAUAUUAUUUUUAGGCUCAUGGAUGACCUUAGUGGAUAUGAGUUUGAGAAAGAGAGAGAGCAUGUUGCUUCUAGUAUUGUCUGUUACAUGAAGCAAUAUGGGGUGCCAGAGCAAGAGGUGCUUGAUAUUUUUAACAAACAGGCUAAAGAUUUGUGGAAGGAUAUCAACAAGGAGUACCUUAGACCAACUGAUGUGCCAAUGCCUGUCCUCAUGCGUGUUCUGAAUCUAACAAGAGUGGUUGAUCUCCUUUACAAAGGGGUGGAUGGCUACACACAUGUUGGGAAAGUGAUGAAAGAUAGUGUUGCUUCAUUUUUAAUUGAACCCAUGCCUCUCUGA